CCGAACUGCUGUGACCCAAAAGUUGCUAUGAUUAAAGAACGCUUUAUUUACAGUGAUAUAUAUUUUUUUAAUUAUUCAUUUAUUUAGGAUUUACAUUUUAAUUGUCAUUUUAUGUAAAUUCGCUUUUUUUGCUCGUUAGCCUUAAUCAAGAUUAAUCCGUUUUUGUACUUUUAACCUUAUUGCAAUUUGCAGUUUUUAAUCUUGUUUUCUGCAGAAGUUGGACCAUGUUUGGAUCUCCAGUAGAUUUUUCAUUUAGGGAGCUCAACACGGUUUCAGACCUGCUCACUGAUAAACCUAAUCCAGGAGCUCGUCCGCUAAAGCGCGACUCGGAGCAGAAGAUCAUCGGCACAGCUCUCAGACUAAACAACAACUUUCUCUCAGACUUGACGGGGCUGAUGGGCACGCUCUCUUCUCUUUACGCCGAGCCGACGCGUCUGGCCUGGCUCGACCUCUCCUUCAACGAGUUUCAACACAUCCACCCAGUCCUCGCUCAACUCAAAGAGCUGCGCUUGUUGUAUCUGCACGGGAACCGUAUUUGUAAGCUGUCAGAAGUGGAUAAGCUUGCCGCGUUGCCGUUUCUCCACACCGUCACUCUCCACGGCAACCCCGUAGUGACCGAGCGCGACUACAGGGCGCAUCUGAUCGGCACCCUUCCUCACGUGAAGACGAUCGAUUUCAGCGCCGUCACCAAACAGGAGCGGGAGCUGACUUCAGUUUGGCAGAGGAGCAGAAACCUGCGCAAAUCCAUCGGUCACAGCAAAGUGGACUGACUUUGCAUCUAAUAAACGUGGGGUUACAGCUACAGCGAGGUGACUUUAAAAGAUAAACUAGACUCCAGAGUUUCUUCAUUAGUCGUUUGUGAAGUCACAGGAGCAAGUGGCGACACAUCUUAAGCAACAGAAAACCGUCUUUUUGACUAGAAGGCCUUUAAAGCCAUGUCACUAAGUUUGAGAAUUGCAAUUCAAGUCUGCUACACAUAAAAAAAACCCCCAACAAAACCGCUUUAUAAUUUUGAAAGUCUUUAAUGCAUAAUUUCAUUCAACAAAAACAGUUUUAACAGAAUAUCGAGAAUUUUUUAUUUUUAUUUUUUUUGGUACUAGCCUAAGAAAUGAUUUCUCUGUAAAUCAGGUAGUAUUCCACAUUUAGGUAACAAACAAACAAAACUCGAACACUAUUAGUACACUGCAACAGAAAACAAAAUAUUUGCAGCGCAUUUCAUCCCUUUAAAAACCUCCAAGAAAGGCGGAGGUGCCUUGCCGUGAUCUAGAGAGCUAGCUGUGCCACGGCGGUCUGUGAGCUUGCAUAAAUACAUAAAAUCAAAAUAAAUAAUUACACAAACAUACUGUGUGGCAUCUCGGCCUCUGUCGGGGAAACAAGCCGGCUGAUUGAAUUCACUAGCUCUUUCCUUUUUUUCGGCACAACCGCAAAAAAAAAUAAACGUUGGACUAAGUUAAAGCAAUGUAAUAAUAUUUUUCGCUCUGUUAAAAGUGGAACAGGCAAGGUAAAAGCAACCCCGUUUGCUUAGCUAAAAGAUCGCAAAGCCUUACGACCGAGGCCUAGCGCGGCCGGGGGGCGCCACAGAGGCGUUCACGCGUCAAUCAUUCAUCUCUAAUCAUUUUACACUCUGUACAUUAAAGGCAUUGACACAAAAACGUCAUUUACAAACUACGAAGUCCAAUUCAAACCCGCCUCCCCAUCCGAGACGCCUCUUCAGAUGCGACUGCAUGACCGUCGGAUGCUUACAGGAAAAGUGCACAGUAAGAGAAACACUUUCUCUUCCUUUAAAGACGACAGCAGAGCCGCCUCAGAGGAUCCAAAAUCUAUUCAUUCAAUUCGUGAUGCGGCAUGGCGCACACCACCCGGCAUAAAAGUUACGCACAGGCCGCUGAUCUGUAGAAAUAAACGCUUGCGAUAUAGACCUCGGUGAGAGCAGCGCCGUGUUUAAAUUAGAUGGGAUGAAAACGAGGCUGUGAGGGACUCAAGUACAGUCUGAUGAAUGGAUUAAUCACAUCCAAAACAAAUCAUUUGGUUUACAUAAUGUGUUCUGUGUGUGUGUCUAUAUAUAUAUAUAUAUAGACACACACUCACACAUGCAGGAAUAUACUUCAGAAAAAUAUGUUGAG